AGAAUGAUUGCCCAACCCAACUGUUCUUCGGCGGAUUCCUCUGCUUUAAGAUGCGCCCAAGAUCUGCUGUGCAACACCAGUGUUGUGUCGAACUUCAGUGACGUGGAGAUGGAAGAGUAUUGCCUCAACCAAGACGAGUAUCUGGAGAAAUAUCUGGGACCUAGACGUUCUCCGGUGUUCCUGCCUGUUUGCAUCACCUACCUGCUCAUCUUCUUGGUGGGAGCGGUGGGAAACAUACUUACGUGCAUUGUUAUCGCUCGCAACAAGGUCAUGAGGACACCCACCAACUUCUACCUGUUCAGUCUGGCGGUGUCGGACUUGCUGGUGCUUCUCCUGGGAAUGCCUUUGGAGCUCUAUGAAAUGUGGAGUAACUAUCCGUUCCUUUUGGGCAAGGGUGGCUGCUACUUCAAGACCUUCCUCUUUGAGACUGUGUGCUUCGCCUCCAUCCUCAAUGUGACGGCGCUGAGCGUGGAGCGCUACAUAGCCGUGGUCCAUCCGCUCAGGGCUAAAUACGUAGUGACGCGCACUCAUGCCAAGCGCGUGAUCUUGACCGUGUGGAGCGUGUCUGUGUUGUGCGCCAUUCCCAACACCAGCCUCCAUGGCAUCUUUACCCUUCCUCUUCCCAAAGGGAAAGGAGCAGGAGCCAUGCUCACAUCCGCCACCUGCAUGCUGGUCAAGCCACGCUGGAUGUACAACCUGAUCAUCCAAAUCACCACUGUGCUGUUUUUCCUCCUGCCCAUGUUGACCAUCAGUGUGCUGUAUUUGCUCAUUGGCAUGCGGCUGAAGCAAGAGAAGAUGCUGCAGGUCCUGGAGGCAAAAGCCAGUCUGGGACAAGACAGCUCCUCUAAUGUGCGCAGUCAGCAGCAGAAAAAACGUCGCCAGCAGGUCACUAAAAUGCUGUUUGUACUAGUGGUCAUGUUUGGCAUCUGUUGGGCUCCAUUCCACACCGAUCGUCUCAUGUGGAGUUUCAUGGACCAGAAGAACAGUGAACACAUGAAGAUUUUCCAGGUCUAUGAGUAUGUCCAUGUCAUUUCCGGGGUCUUCUUCUAUCUGAGCUCAGCCAUUAAUCCAAUUCUCUACAACCUAAUGUCCACCCGCUUCAGGGAGAUGUUUAAAGAGGUGAUGUGCCACCACAAAUGGCAUCCUGCCCCAAGGAAAUACUCUCUGAGCAUGACGAGGGUUACUGUGCGCAGCACUGGGAGUGAAGUCCCACCCUGCAAUGGCACCAUUACUACUGAAGGAGAAGAUUAUGAUAUGGAUGAAUGCCAGGAGAAUAAGACCAACUUUUCCUGAGAAACAAACUUCAACUUGUACAUUUUGUACUAUUGUCAGUGCUUGAAGUUGAAAUUAACACUGCAGCUUUACAAAAGUA